GUAUAGCGGAAGUGUGCGAAGUCCGCUUAUGAAUGACAGUUUCAGCUUCUGUUUUACUGUGACAUGAGGUAGAUUUAAAAAAACAAAACAAAACGUUAAGUUUAUUAUAACUUUAGUUUUAGUGUGGGGUUUUGAGGGGUAGGUGAGCUUGUUUCUGUGUUGUUAUCAUAGACUGUUAUGUGCAAAGCUAAAGAUAACAAACUGCUCUGUCUUUUCAAAGCUUAGCGUUUGAAAGCUUUCGUCUACGUAUUUUAUAGAUUGUAGCUAAUUCCAGGUGAGGAUAGAAGGCAGCUUGCCCCUGCUCGAGAGCGGCGUGAUCUACUUGAACCAUUGAAACUGAAAGUGGCGAGCCAGAUCUGUACGGGGAUGACAACACAGUAGUAACGUUAAUGCUUGAUGUGAGUUAACAAAUUUGUGGAGUCGGUGCCUUGUACAUCUCUAUGACAUGGAAGGUGAAAAAGAUGAUAACCAGCUACACGAAGAGGGUUCUGUAAACACCAACUGUCUGGAUGGGGCUUUGUCAGAUGAACACUCUUCAAUAGAUGCUAGUCCAUCAUCUUUGGGAGCUACAGGCUUGUUGUCGUUACCAUGGGAAAUGGUAACUCACAUUGCCUCUCACCUCCCUGCUCAAUGUGUCAUCACUGUCCUGCCCAAGGUGUGUCAUGCCUUAAGUAAUGUGGGCAAAGACAAUACUGCAUGGCAAAUCCGUGCACGUAGACUCACUGGCUCACGAGCAAUCUUUCCUGUUGGGCCAAAGGAGGACUUUGAUUGGCCUACAGCUUGUCUAGAGAUGGAACAGUUGAUUGCUCUUUGGAUGAAUCAAGCACAUAUUGUAGCCAAAAAAAGUCAAGAACAAGUAAAUGAAGGAGAAAGACAGGUUGAGGAACAGGGCGCUGUCUUACAGGAAGGCAUUGAAGUAGAUGGGGUGGAGGGGGUUGGCGUGGAAGGACAGGAGGUGGCGUACGGGGUGGACGAAGGUUUGGAGGUAGCUCUGGAGGGCGCCAAUGAAGAGAUGCCAGAGAACCAACUUGACGAGGGAGCAGCUUUAAUGAACGAGGAAAGAAAUUUGGGACAAGAUGAAGAUAUGAAUAAUCAGGAAAACAUAGAUCCGAGACUUUUAGGAAAUGAACGACUUUUAGAAAGAGAGACUAAACCUGCUAGAAGUCCGAGCCCAUCACCAGCUUUAGAAUGCAUCACUUUGCCAUCAGAUCACAUCGCCCAAAUUAACACUGUCCUCCUUGUGGGUGGUGAGGGGAAGUUCUGCGCUACCGGGUCCCGAGACUGGAAUGUUCAAUUGUGGAAUUUGGAAGCGGGGCCCUCUGGAGCACUUGUGCACACUUUGGGAGGACAAGGUCAUUUUAGUACUCAUAAAGGCUGGGUGUGGUGUCUUGCUUCCCAAGGUCCCUUGUUGGCAUCGGGAGGUUUUGACAGCACAGUGCGAUUAUGGGACCUCCCAACAGGUGGGGCAGAAAGAGGAACUAUAAAGACAGAUGCUCCUGUCCUCUGCCUGUCUUUUCAAGACAAUAUGUUACUGGCUGGGACAUUUGACAGGAAGGUCACCAUGUAUGAUCCCAGAGUGGCUGAACCUCUGGUGAAAAGCCUUCAUCUCCAUGGUAAUGCAGUAAUGUGUCUUGCUGCUGAUGACAGGUACAUCAUUUCGGGGAGUAAAGACUGCACUGUGGCUGUUUAUGACUGCAGGGUCGGAAAAGGCUUAAAGAAAAUUAGGCUAAAAACGUACCCACUUUCCAUGAGCUACAGUGGCAGUGAGGUGUGGGCUGGAGACAACAAAGGCAUGCUCCACACCUUUUCUAUGCAAGCAGGGGUUUUAAAACCUCUUUCUCAGUUUGAUGUGGGGCACACAGCUAUGGUCACUGGAAUCCACAGAUCACCCGGAAGCCUUUACACCUGCUCAGUGGACAGAACAGUGAAGGUUCACAUACCAUGUUCACCACCAAGAACACUGUGCACAUUGCAACAACAGACUGGAGUAAAUGGGUUGAGUGUGGAGGCCGGAGUCCUUGCUGUUGCCUCAGGAGAAACCUGUAUAGAAGUUUGGCGGCCCAGAAAAUGACAGCAGUAUAAAGCGGGUCAAAUGUUUAGUAUUUUCUGGUAUGAUGAAGCUGAAAAAGAAAUCAGCCCAGUACCUGAGAUAUAAAAGUAUAGACAAUAUUUAUGUUUGUAGCCAUUUCAAAUCAUAUAUUUUGGGGGAAAAUAAUCAAAAUCCUCCAUACAUAUCAGCCCAAAAUUAUCGACAAAGCUUAAUGGCCAUCGGUUGCUCUAGAUUUUAAAAAAUCGGUGUAGGCAUCAGCCAUGAAAGAACCCAUAUCGGUCAAUCUCUACUGCAUUUCUUCCUAGAAAAGUUUCAUCCUUUUUCAACUGUCACAAAAUAACCUAACCAUCUAACAACAACACUAGAUGCAUACUAAAAUGUUGUUCAUUCUUGUAUACAAAUAGCUUUAUGUCACUUUGCUAUGUGUGAUUUAAUAACCAAAAAGUUCAGUGGUAGUAGAAGUUGGUUCAGACUUAUUGUGCUUUGAAUAAAAAUCAGCUCUUGCAGUGUGUAUCAAUACUUUUAUGUUUGAAUAUGAAUUUUGUUUAUAAAUUAUUAAAAAAAGAAUAAAAGGAUAGAAUUG